AUGAUUGUGGAGUUGAAUGAUCUGAUUAGCUUAUGUGGCAUGGCUCCCCGGUUGAGUGCGACUCGCUUCAUGCGAGAGGAUUUCCAAGACCAUCAUUCCUGGCUGCUUCGCGAAGUGUUUAGACUCUUGCCCCGGGAGGGCCCGCCUCCUCAGGACGAAGGCAAUCGGGAGCGUAACAAGGACUUGAGGUAUUACGAGAUGAUUGAGAAAGUCAGCAAGAACGCCGGCGGCUGGUUUGGCGGACUUACGGGGAUGCUGUUCGCGAGUCGGACAGACGUCCCAGUCGACGAGGACGUCGUGGUUGGAGCCCUCUCCGGCAACAGCCCAAACGUAACCAUGGUCCUCAGCUCGGACGGUGGCGCUGGCGACAGCGGACGUUCUGUUCUGAGUGAACAUAAAGAAGCCUUGGAGUCCGCCAGGGCUUGCUGGAGACGGUGGAUCAGAAUAUCCGACGUUACGCUCAAAAAAUCCAUGGCUCAAACAGCAGCAUGUUGGUUUGAGAACGCGCUGGCGGUUAUGACUGGCGGCAACGUGCUUCGAUACACGUUGGCGGACGCGGAUGACGAGAGCGACACGAUUGUGCUUGCGCUAACGAACCUACUGGAGGCUCCUACAAUCCGCUGGGCUUCUGCGCGUAGUUCCCUCAAUUCCAGUCAGCACCGCUUCAACAUGCGGCGUGACUACGCGCCCAUUCUGACCUGGAUCAGCACUGACAUGCAACACGCCCGGAUCCUGAGGCCGGACAGCUACUUGCUGGAUUGCUUGGAGUUGGCCGUAGCAGUUCGGUCUUCGUUGGUUCGGGUCUCACAGUUGCUGGUAUUGGUGGAACAGCGGGUGUGGACCGCGCUGCCCUACAUGAACCAAUUAUACCAGACGUUCGAAACGCAAGUCACCCAGAGCCACUCAUUGGGGUGUCAGCCCAACAGCGUUUCCGCCAGUAGCGCCCCCCCGCGGCCCGGAACCAAGCUGCAGGUGUUCCCGCCCGCUACCUUUGUUGCGCACUUGCUGCAAGUCAUCUCUGAACUGCUGCGUUCCCCGGAGCUUCUGGGGGCGAGCGUUCCGAGCUCUCUGGCCAGCUCGGCGCUCGUGGCCUAUGAACAUGAGCCCCCACUCGAUAGUGCGCUGGCAGCGGAUGGACAGGCCCCGCCCCUAAGUGGACAUGCCCCGCCCCUUAGUGGACAGGCCCCGCCACUAAGUGGACAGGCCCCGCCCAUGGGUACGCCGGCGCAGACGCUGAAACCGCAGGACCUGGUGCCGCUUUGCGACACGGAGAGCACGGUGUGCGACCCGGGUGUGCGCACGUUGAGUUCGAAGGACGUGGCGGCGAGGUUGACGUGUUUGAUGUUUGCGGUUUGCUCGUUGAGUCAGGAGGCUCUGUCCUGCGGCGUGACCUUCGCGCUGGAUGACCUGGUCGCGCUGAUCGAGACGCCGUCUUUCUGGUCUGUUGACUUUGCCGACCUUGGUUUCGAUCGACGAGCCGGACCGGUCCCGGCGGUGCCUAUAAUUGUGAUGCUGUACGUGCACCGGAUGUCGCCGAUGGCAGUGAACAAGGCGCUCUCUGCUGUCCGGGACGACGCGGUCUCGCGUGCGGUGGUGGAGGUUACGGCGCGGGCCAACUGCGCCCUUUUGCAGGCCUUUCAAGCGCACGCCUUCGUGGAACUGCUCGGUCAACUCCUGAAUCACCCGCAAAUUGUACCCCCGGACCCUGCCGAAGCGGCGAUCUUGGAAGAGGACCCAGGGAGCGUAGGAGGUAAUGCGGGCGACGAGGGCAACCGAGUGCCGGACGAGACUGGCAUUGCCUACAGCGGUGCAACCACGGAUCCGCAGGCACGGAGCAGUACCGUCGCGGAGACUGGCGCUAAGUCGUCUUCUCCGGAGGGCAGUGAGUUGGACGAAGCAGUCGCGAAGCAGCCCCAGUCCGGCGAGAGCCGGGGCGGGCCGCAGAAACGCGCGGGUAAGACUGCAAGGCGUUGGCUUUCUGUGCACCGGCGCAAGGGUCAGACCGAAGGGGUAACGCCGCGGAUGUCGGUGAUCACUAACGUGACGUGGCCAGCGGUAUUUGUGCGGCUGUAUGUGCAGUGCUACAUGUACGCCACUUGGCGCAUGUGGCCACUCUUCUGUGAACGGCUGCCGAACCCACCAACCAGUCUCUUUGAGCCGGAGGAGCACGCGGCCUCACUGUCUGGCGGCGACAUGCGUCGUGGCAAUGUGACCGGCGGCAGUGGCCUCGGGGGUAGUUCUGGUGGUGGUGGAACGGACGUGUUUGAGGAAGGAACUCUGUUGGUACCGAGAUUGGUUAAGGAGACAUAUGGGCGAAUUGCGAAGAUGGGGGUUCGCAUUGAUGGCUUGAUGGAGCUUUGGCGGUCGAUCGCGCAGUUGCUGAGUGUGAUGACAGCGUUCGGCACACGUAAGGAACGUCGGGUGGCGAUGCAGGCGAUGUCCAGCCACCUGGGUCUGGUGCCAUGUCGUGGGUUGGAAUCAUGGUACGAGAUAAUCGAGUUACAGUUGAUCCCUGAACUGUCGCUAAACUACGUUGAGGUCUACCCCUGCUGUAGCUACCCCAUUCCGCUCCGGAAGCUGGGACCUCCGGAACCACGGAACAUUCCCGAGGUGCUCGGCAAGACACUCCUCCAGCUCGUCUCCUGCCAUUACGAACCGAUCCCCAUACCCUUCAGCAGCUACCUCGCCGACCUCUUUGUGAAGGCGCGCGAAUAUCUGGUGAAGAACAAACUCCUCGGCCCCCGCAACAACCAGGUUAUUGGGGACUUGAAACGGCAUAUUCUCAACGUUAUGGAGGAGCUCAAUGAGCCGCUCCAGUCCAUCAGACUGGUCGACUUUACACCGCCGACCAAAGCGGUGCCCAGUAAGGCGGCCAAGGAGUCGGCCGGCAAGGAUGGCGAGAGCGCGGUGAACGAGGCUAUUUCCGAACAAAACCCCGAGAGGGACCCCGAGCGGGUAGUACACGGACUCAUUCCAGUCGUGUGCCGGCUGCUGCGUAUCUGUCUCCACGAGAUCGCCGUGCAGGAGCGGGCAGACGCGAACCCAGAAGCGAUUCUGGAGACACUCAAGACGCUGCUUGUGGUCUUGGCGAGCACGCCGGACAUCGCCAAGGUGGACGAGGUAGAGGGUGCUGUCAUCCUCAAGUCGCUCCGACAACUCCCCGACGGCGCGCUGGUGCCCAAGGGCCAGCACAGGAACGCGGCCAAAAAUCCGGAGGACCUGUCGGCACUGGACCCACGUAUCCGGCCCACCUUCGAAUGCAUACAAUAUAUCCUCCUCCUGGCGGACAUGCGGACCACCAUCAAGUCCAUUUUGGAAAUCAUCCACUGA